AUGACAAUUGUGAUUUUAGGUGGAGAUGACUUCAAAGGCUUUGCAUCAAUUGCUCUUCUUCUCUCCUUCCUGUUCUUCACAUUGGUCAGCUCUAGUAGCAGUACCCACACAUGCCCCAAAAAUGUUCUGGACUUGAAGGUAUGUGCUAAUGUUCUCAACUGGAUCAACGUAAAGGUCGGCGACUCGAGCCCUUGUUGCAAGCUUAUUGACAACCUGGUUGAUCUAGAUGCUGCUGUUUGCCUCUGCACUGCACUUAAAGCCAGUGUGUUGGGAGUCAAGCUAAACAUCCCGGUUUCAUUCAAAUUGCUGCUCAAUGAGUGCAAGAAGAAGGUGCCAGUGGACUUCAAGUGCGAAAUAUAAAUCAAAUCUAUGCAGCGGCGCAAACUAUCUAUUGAAUAAAUCUGUGUCAUCUGUGUUGUUUUGUUGCUCCAUUUGAUUGUAAUCCGUGUUGGGUUUCAUGUAUUGUGUUUGAUUUGAUUGUUUUUUUUUUCUUUCUUGUAUGUUUCCUGUGUUUUGGUUUUAUGUUCCCUAAUCAGUAUUUCAGAUGUAUGAAUGAAUUGAUAAUUUUUAAAAAUUGAUUUACCUCUCGUUCGAAGAAAAAAACACAACACAUUUUGCAGAAGCCG